AUGAUUCUCCACGCUCCAUCGGCAAGCGAGACACUGGCGGAAGCUGUCAAAGGUCAUGGUCACGCGCCCAAAGAGACCGAGGCCCUUCUCUUUGCGACAAUGGCAUGUGCGCUCGUCUCAAUCACUGACGCCGCCUGCAUGCGGCUGCUUGGCGAGAAGAGAUCGGUCCUUCUGUCGAUGUAUCUCCAUGGUUGUGAGAGAGCUUUGGCGAGAGCCAAUCUUCUCAUAUCCUGCAACCUGGGCGUGCUCCAAGCAUAUAUGCUCUACCUGGUGGCGAUUGGUCCACACGUAGACCCCAGCGAAGUGUGGAAUCUGACGGGGAUUGCCAAGCGGAAUGCCCAGAGAUUGGGCUUACACCAAAAGAUAUCAACCGCGGAACUCACCCCUUUUGAAGUAGAGAUGCGCCGCAGACUGUGGUCUCAGAUUGUCAUGCAGGACACCAUUUCUGCCCAGAGUGUUGGGUUGCACUGGCCGAAUCCCGACUGCGAAAUGACCGCGCCGAGCAACGUCAACGACGCAGAUCUAUCUCCGCACAUGAAGGAUCCUCCCAAGAGCCGCGUGGGGCCAACAGAUAUGAUAUUUGUCAACCUGCUUUACAGGGUUAUGGAUUUCAUGGGCCAAGUCAAUUGCGGGAAAAGGCCAUGGGCUCCUCCGGCAGUGGAAACGCGGAGGUCUGCCGUCAAUCAACUCUACCGUGCGGAGCGAGAGAAGGCGGUUGCAGAUAUGGAGGAGGAGUUGGAGCUGGAAGUCCUCCGCUACUGCGACAUGUUGAAUCCGGUGCACUUCUACACAGUGAUUGUGGCGCGUCUGACCUUGUGCAAAAUGCGGUAUAAGAUGUUGCAAUCAUGCCAGUGUGGCAAGGACAGGGUUGAUUAUACCGAAAAGAACAGAGAAGAAAUUUUCUCGGCGGCGCUGAAGGUACUGGAGUACGAGAACAAAUGGAGCAACCAAAUAUCAAUCCAGGGCUUCCUGUGGCACGGGCAUCAGCAUUUCGCAUGGCCCUGCCUGAUACACAUAUUGGAAGAUUUGAGAACACAUCCACAUGAAGAGCAAGCCGACAAGGCCUGGGAGCAGAUCCGUAUUUUCUACGAUAUCCGGCCAGAUCUAUAUCAGAGUUCACAGAGCAGACUGGGUCCCCUCUACAGCGGAAUCAACAAGAUGGCCGUCGAGGCAUGGCAAAUUCGAGAGACUCAGGCGUCCGAGAGUGGCCACACUUUGGCGUCCCCAGCAUAUAUCACGGUCCUGCGACAGCAAAAACAUAGCGCCAAGCUCACAAGAGAUGCCGAAAAGUCACAUUAUCCUUCCCCCGUUAGCGUCUUACAGGCGACUAGAGAGCAGGCCACAAGCCAGGGACUGCUAUCUAUGAGUUGCAACUUUGAACAAGAAUCGGCGUGUUGGCCUGCUUGGACUGGUUCCACGCUCCCAGCAUCUAACCUGGCAUCUAAUCCGCCAGGCAACUGUGUGAACUUGUUGGAGCCAAUUUUCGACCAGGAGAUUUUCAUGUCAGUAGGGGGUCACAACAGCAAUAGAAUUUAUCAGCCUCAGAUCCUCAUGCCGCCUCUGGAUCAGUAUACAACAGGCGGCCGAGGUGUUCUCUAG